CGUCGUUCUCUCCUCCUCCCAUCGUAGCUCCACCAUCGAGAUCUUCUUACCCGUCCAUCCCUCCCUCCCGCCGCUCUCCAAACAUGUCUAUGCAAGACAAGAUCAUCGCCAUCACCGGCGGCGCAUCAGGCAUCGGCCUCGCGACCGCCAAACUCCUCUCCAGCCGCGGCGCCACCGUCUGCAUCGCCGACGUUGACCCUUCCGCUCUCUCCGCUGCCGCGUCGCACUUCAGCUCCCUAAACGUGCCCUUCACCACAACGCGAGUCGACGUAUCGCAGCGCGCCGAGGUCGAGAGCUGGAUUGACGGCAUCGUCGCGCAGCACGGCCGUCUUGACGGCGCCGCCAACUGUGCCGGCAUCAUUGGCAAGCACCACGGCACACGCACCAUCGCGGACCUCGACGACGACGAGUGGCAGCGCAUCCUGGCUGUCAACCUCACGGGCAUCAUGUACUGUCUACGUGCGGAGCUGCGGAAGAUCGCGGAUUCCGGGUCCAUUGUGAAUAUCUCCUCUGUCCAGGGCCUGAUGGGAUUCGCAGGCUCUGGCGCCUACGUCGCCAGCAAGCACGGCGUCAUCGGGCUUACGCGCAGCGCCGCCCAAGAAGUCGGCCACCGCUCUAUCCGCGUGAACGCCGUAGCGCCGGGCUCCAUCGCGACGCCCCUAUUACUAAACUGGGCACAAAGCACCAAUGAGCCAGAGAUCCAAAACCUCCCGUCGGCGAUCAAGAGACUCGGAACCGCCGAGGAGGUCGCGGCCGUGGUAGCGUUCCUGCUGGGCCCGGAGAGCGCCUAUGUUAGUGGCUCUGUGUAUAGCGUGGAUGGGGGCUGGGAUCGAUAAGGGAGGAGGGGGGUGGGUUUGGAGAGGGCUUGGUUUGGGAUAAGGAUUGAGAUGAGAGAGAGAUACCUCUGAUAUACAUACCCGGCCGGGUUUCUUAACAAAAGGUAGGUAGGUACCUUACCUACUACCUAAGUACAUAGUUUCGAGAAUCGAAAGGCGCUUCUCGCUUAAUAAAAAGGGGGUCAAGCCGCUCAC